UUCUGAAGUAACAUGCGUACGGUUUAGCCUCAAUAAAUCGCAUUUUUGCACUCUCCUUAAAACAGUAGUUGACAUAAACGUAUGAUUUCAUUGAUGUAAUAGUAUUUAUUAAUGUGCUUUUGAGCGAACAGGUGUAUUUCGGGCUGUAAACAAUUUUUAUAAACUUUAAAUCUAAUGAAUUUAAGACCUUGAGAUGAUAUCCGGCUUGCAGUAAGAUGUUGGACGUGUGUUUCACUGCACUGUUGUGUAUUAUGAUUGCAACUUCAAACUUGCCAAAAGGCAUAUGUCUAUUUGUAAAAUGAUUUAAAUGCUGACUGAUUGGCAUCUGUAUAUGUAAAGACUCCAACACAGGAUCCAAGUGGAUGGACAUGAACCAUAAUAUUCAAUUCAGUAAAUCUUAGUGGAAAGAUUAACAUUUCAGAAACCAUCAAGCAAGCCUUCUUGAAUUCAUCAUCCCAAUGAAUGCAUGAAUAAUGCAUGAAUCAGUCAGUGUAUCCCAAAACUGACUUCAACAAGCAAACAUUGUCAUCCUGAAAGAACUGAUCUAACAAUGCUGAGGACAAAGGCAUUGCCUCUACUCUGUACACAAAUAGCGGGUUAUCCUUUGGUAGCUCGGAGAGUUCAUCAGCUGGCCUCCAUCAAACGUGUGUGUGUGCUCCCUGAGAGGAGGCGUCAGGCUCUUCUGUACCCCUUUAACAGUCUGGAGGAGCACCUGUCUUCACAGGUCAGUCAGGAAGAAUUCAAGAUCUUUUAUCCCAGCUUGGAGGAGCUCCGUCAGGCAGAGACACUGUUCACUCCCUCCUCUAAACAUAGUAUUGACUACUCUACUUCUGCGGUCCGGUUAGACCAUGUACCUCUUCUUAAACAGCCAGAGGUGUGUUUUAUGGGCAGAAGUAACGUGGGGAAAUCUUCUCUCAUCCGUGCCUUGUUCUCUCUUGCGCCGGAGGUAGAAGUGCGCGUCUCUAAAACUCCGGGCCACACCAAAAAGCUGAAUUUCUUCACUGUGGGAAAGGCCUUUACUCUUGUAGACAUGCCGGGGUAUGGACACAAUGCCCCACGGGACUUUGUAGAGAUGGUUGAACCGUACCUUCUAGAUCGUCAGAAUCUGGUGAGGACAUUCUUGCUGGUGGAUGGAGGUGCAGGUCUGCAGAAGGCGGAUUUAGUUGCUGUGGAGAUGUGUGAGGAGUUCAAUUUACCUUAUGUGCUGGUGGUAACUAAAAUAGACAGAACCCGACAGGGUGCUUUGCUGGCUCUUGCUCUACAGCUUCGGGACUUUAUUAAAAAUCAAACCAGCACGUGUUUCCCACAGCCAUUUCUAGUAAG